AAUCGGGAUCUGCUGCGGCCGCAGGUCGGACGCCAGAAGGUUGCGGCGAGGUGGAUGGAAUCGGCUCUUGCUCGUUGAGCUGCUGCUUUCCCUUGCGAUCCACGCCGAUUCAUUCACCGACAUCUCCAACCUCCGGUCCAAGUCGCCGACUUCACCAGCACGACUUCGGCGCCAGACCGCGCGCUUGCGCGUUCGCCCGACACUGAUCGCUUCCUCACUACGAUGUGCGGAUGCCCUAGAAGAAGGUCUCUCUCGGAUCUCACUGGCAGAUCCACAUCCCUCUUAUUACACAAUGGACGCCGCUUCUCGACCCGCUGUGGUCAUCGACAACGGAACCGGGUACACCAAAAUGGGAUUUUCUGGAAAUGUUGAGCCCUGCUUCAUCGUCCCUACUGUAGUUGCCGUUAAUGAAUCUUUUCUUAAUCAGUCAAGGAGUUCUAAUAAGGCAAAUUGGCUAGCACAAUACAGUGCAGGCGUAAUGGCUGAUCUUGAUUUUUUCAUUGGAGAGGAAGCUUUAUCUCGGUCACGCUCAAGCAGUACUUACAGUCUAAGUUAUCCUAUUCAUGAGGGUCAGGUGGAGAAUUGGGAUACAAUGGAAAGAUUUUGGCAACAAUGUAUUUUUAAUUACCUGCGGUGUGACCCUGAGGAUCAUUAUUUUCUUCUCACUGAAAGUCCACUUACAGCCCCUGAAAGUCGUGAAUAUACAGGAGAGAUAAUGUUUGAGACAUUUAAUGUCCCUGGACUAUAUAUAGCAGUCCAGCCUGUUCUUGCACUUGCUGCUGGAUACACCACUUCGAAGUGUGAGAUGACAGGGGUUGUAGUUGAUGUUGGGGAUGGGGCUACUCAUGUUGUUCCAGUUGCUGAAGGUUAUGUGAUUGGAAAUAGCAUCAAAUCCAUUCCUAUUUCUGGCAAGGAUGUUACUCUGUUUAUACAGAAGCUUAUGAAGGAAAGGGGAGAAAAUUUACCUCCCGAAGACUCUUUUGAAGUUGCUCGGAAGGUUAAGGAAAUGUAUAGCUACACUUGCUCAGAUAUUGUUAAGGAGUUUAAUAAGUAUGACAAGGAACCUAACAAGUAUAUCAAGCAAUGGACGGGUAUAAAGCCAAAGACUGGAGCACCAUACUCAUGCGAUAUUGGAUACGAGCGCUUUCUUGGGCCUGAGAUUUUCUUCAAUCCUGAGAUAUACAGUAGUGAAUUUACCACUCCAUUGCCAGAUGUAAUUGACAAAUGUAUACAAUCAGCGCCCAUUGACACAAGACGGGCUCUGUAUAAGAAUAUAGUGUUAUCUGGGGGGUCGACCAUGUCGAAGGAUUUUCAUAGAAGGCUCCAGAGGGACUUGAAGAAGAUUGUGGAUGCUCGUAUUGUUGCAUCUGAAGCUAGACAUGGAGGAGAAGUAAAGUCUCAUCCUAUCGAAGUUAAUGUGGUCAGUCACCCUAUACAAAGAUUUGCAGUUUGGUUUGGGGGUUCUGUGCUGGCAUCCACACCAGAAUUUUAUGGGGCAUGCCACACAAAAGCAGAAUACGAGGAACAUGGUGCAAGCAUUUGCCGAACAAAUCCCGUAUUCAAAGGAAUGUACUGAAAUGGUAAGAGAUUUCACUUUGUCAAACGCAUUUACUCGCGUAAGCUGCUUUCUCAGAAGUUCCCUCCCUCAAAAGCCUCCACACUACAGAAACCAAUAUACUACUGUUCUCCAAGAAUCUUUGCUCCCAAUUUGUAGACAAUUAUUAUUCGAAUGAGUUGUAUGAUAGAUGCUGUAUAGUUGUAACCCUUGCAUUUUUCACGCCAUCAAUUGAUUUUAUAUCAUAUUCUUUCCUGUGAAGAAAGCAUCACUAUCGCUUGUAUUGCUAGGAAGCAGUUUUUUUAGUUUAGCAUGUUGAGGAAUUAUAUGAUCAAUGUGAAAAUUUUGAAUUAUUCUCUUCA